CUUCUCUGCAACACAUUAUUACACACUCAUCUAGAAAGAGAGAGAGAGAGAAGAAACUCAAGAGAUGGAGGGCAAGGAAGAAGAUGUUAGAGUCGGAGCCAACAAAUUCCCCGAGAGACAACCCAUCGGAACAUCGGCUCAGAGCGACAAAGACUACAAGGAGCCGCCUCCUGCGCCGUUGUUCGAGCCCGGCGAGCUUGCGUCGUGGUCCUUCUGGAGAGCCGGAAUCGCCGAGUUCAUCGCCACGUUUCUCUUCCUUUACAUAACUGUGUUGACCGUCAUGGGUGUCAAGAGGUCACCGAGCAUGUGUGCUUCUGUCGGAAUCCAAGGGAUAGCUUGGGCUUUCGGUGGUAUGAUCUUCGCUCUCGUCUACUGUACGGCUGGUAUCUCCGGUGGACACAUCAACCCAGCAGUCACGUUUGGUCUGUUUCUGGCUAGGAAGCUUUCGCUCACACGAGCUGUGUACUAUAUAGUGAUGCAGUGCUUAGGAGCCAUCUGUGGAGCUGGUGUGGUCAAGGGGUUCCAACCAAAGCAGUACCAAGCUCUAGGAGGUGGAGCUAACACGGUUGCUCCUGGUUACACCAAAGGAAGUGGUCUCGGUGCUGAGAUUAUUGGAACCUUUGUGCUAGUUUACACCGUCUUCUCCGCUACUGACGCUAAGAGAAACGCUCGUGAUUCUCAUGUUCCUAUUCUUGCACCUCUCCCAAUCGGAUUCGCUGUGUUCUUGGUCCACUUGGCAACCAUCCCAAUCACUGGAACUGGAAUCAACCCAGCAAGAAGUCUUGGAGCUGCAAUCAUCUUCAACAAGGACAACGCUUGGGACGACCAUUGGGUCUUUUGGGUUGGACCAUUCAUCGGUGCUGCACUUGCUGCUCUUUACCACGUGAUAGUCAUCAGAGCCAUCCCAUUCAAGUCCAGAAGCUGAUUUGAGUUACUCUUUAAAAAAAUGUUCCCUUAGUUUGCUUUCUUUUGUGAAUGUACUACUUGUGUGAAACAUCGUGUGUAUGUGUUGCUGCUCUACAUUGCCUGAUGCAAACUCUUAUACAACGGAACGACAUUCCCCUGAAAAAGUUGUAAUAUCUCCUCGUCUUUCAAAAUGAUUUCUAUAAUUGAACGUUCUGGGCAGGCA